GGGACGCCGCGCACCCAGCCAGGCUCCUCUGGCUUCGCCGCCGCAGCCGCCGCCGCCACCGCCACCGCAGCCCGCGGAGGACCUUCCCGAGCCUGAAGCCGCCGGCUCCGCGCGCUAGGAGGCGAGCAGGCGAGGAGGGGCCGGGGCGAGCGAGCGAGCACAUUGGCGUGAGCCGGGGGGGGAGGGAGGGCGGGCGCGGGGGGCGCGGGCAGGGCGGCGGGGGUGUGUGUGUGUGUGUGUGCGCGCUCGGAGGUUUCGGGCCAGCCACCGCCGCGCGAGCUAGAAGCGCCCCAGCCCGGCAAGCUGGCUCACCCGCUGGCCACCCAGCACAGCCCGCUGGCCCCUCUCCUGCAGCCCAUCUGGCGGAGCGGCGGCGGCGGCGGCGGCGGCGGCAGGAGAAUGGCAUCGGAACUGGCAAUGAGCAACUCCGACCUGCCCACCAGUCCCCUGGCCAUGGAAUAUGUUAAUGACUUCGAUCUGAUGAAGUUUGAAGUGAAAAAGGAGCCGGUGGAGACCGACCGCAUCAUCAGCCAGUGCGGCCGUCUCAUCGCCGGGGGCUCGCUGUCCUCCACCCCCAUGAGCACGCCGUGCAGCUCGGUGCCCCCUUCGCCCAGCUUCUCGGCGCCCAGCCCGGGCUCGGGCAGCGAGCAGAAGGCGCACCUGGAAGACUACUACUGGAUGACCGGCUACCCGCAGCAGCUGAACCCCGAGGCGCUGGGCUUCAGCCCCGAGGACGCGGUCGAGGCGCUCAUCAGCAACAGCCACCAGCUCCAGGGCGGCUUCGAUGGCUACGCGCGCGGCGCGCAGCAGCUGGCCUCGGCGGCCGGGGCCGGCGCCGGCGCCUCCCUGGGCGGCAGCGGCGAGGAGAUGGGCCCCGCCGCCGCCGUGGUGUCCGCCGUGAUCGCCGCGGCCGCCGCGCAGAGCGGCGCGGCUCCGCAUUACCACCACCACCACCACCACCACCACGCCGCCGGCCACCACCACCACCCGACGGCCGGCGCGCCAGGCGCCGCGGGCAGCGCGUCCGCCUCGGCCGGCGGCGGCGGCGGCGGCGGCUCGGGCGGCGGCGCGGGCGGCCCGGCCAGCGCCGGGGGCGGCGGCGGCGGCGGCGGCGGCGGCGGCGGCGGCGGCGGGGGCGCGGCGGGGGCGGGGGGCGCCCUGCACCCGCAUCACGCCGCGGCCGGCGGCCUGCACUUCGACGACCGCUUCUCCGACGAGCAGCUGGUGACCAUGUCGGUGCGCGAGCUGAACCGGCAGCUGCGCGGGGUCAGCAAGGAGGAGGUGAUCCGGCUGAAGCAGAAAAGGCGGACCCUGAAAAACCGCGGCUAUGCCCAGUCCUGCCGCUUCAAGAGGGUGCAGCAGAGGCACGUCCUGGAGUCCGAGAAGAACCAGCUGCUGCAGCAGGUCGACCACCUCAAGCAGGAGAUCUCCAGGCUGGUGCGCGAGAGGGACGCGUACAAGGAGAAGUACGAGAAGCUGGUGAGCAGCGGCUUCCGAGAAAACGGUUCGAGCAGCGACAACCCGUCCUCUCCCGAGUUUUUCAUGUGAGUCUGACACGCGACCCCAGCUCGCCACCUUGAUAAGCGCUCCGUGGGGGUCCGGCUCGGGUGUGGGCUUGCAGUUCCAAGAGCCUUGCUCGCCACCACCUCGCCCCCUCCCCUCCCGAGCUUGCCCCCUGCCCGCCCCCCCGUUGCCCCCUGCACACACACACACACACACACACACACACACACACACAGCUCCAGAUGAUGGUGGUGGUGGCGGCUAUUUUUGAGUCGGGGAGGGGCUGGUGGUCUGGCUCAUGGAUUGCCAAUCUGAAAUUCUCCAUAACUUGCUGGCUUGUUUUUUUUUUUGUUGUUUGUAUUUUUUUUUAACAUCCCCCCCCCCCCACCUUUCACUUGCUCAAUGUUCAAAGAUCUCAACAAGAGUUCCUCAUGCUCACCUUUGAAGCCUGCAUCAUUCACAUAUUUUUUUUUUCUUCUUCAGUUCAUGAGCUGGUGUUCAUUUUCUGUGUGUGUGUUUUAUUUUGUUUGGAUUUUUUUUUUUUUUAAGAACUUUGAGUUUUUGGAGCUUGCUGUGUUGCCCCUAUCUCGACCCCCGCCCCCAUCCUCCACCCUCACUCCCUUGCCACCCAUCUCCUUUGAGAUUUAAAGAAAAAAAAAAGGCUAAGUUUUUUUUCUCCUCCUGAGUUCUUCAUAUGAGAUUGAGCUUGCAAAGGAAAAAAAAAUGUGAAAUGUUAUAGACUUGCAGCGUGCUGAGUUCCAUCGGGGUUUUUUGAGCAUUGUUAUGCUUAAAUAGAGGGAAAAAAAUCCUCAUGAACCUGCCACAAUCAAGCCUGCAUCAACCUUCUGGGUGUGACUCGUGAGUUUUGGUCCUUAUGAUGCCAAAUCUGAGAGUUUAGUCUGCCAUUAAAAAAAAAAAAAAAACAACUCAUUCUCAUCUCAUGCAUUAUUAUGCUUGCUACUUUGUCUUAGCAACAAUGAACUAUAACUGUUUCAAAGACUUUAUGGAAAAGAGACAUUAUAUUAAUAAAAAAAAAAGCCUGCAUGCUGGACAUGUAUGGUAUAAUUAUUUUUUCUUUUUUUUUUUCCUUUUGGCUUGGAUAUGGACGUUCGAAGACUUAUGGCAUUGGCAUUCAUACUUUUGUUUUAUUGCCUCAUGACUUUUUCAGUUCAGAACAAAAAAAAAAAAAGUGCAACCCUAGAGCCUUCUUCCCAUGAAAGUUUGCAUCUGCUCCAAAACUGCUUUGAGUUACUCAGAACUUCAGCCUCCCAUUGUAAAUGCACUGAAGGGGUUCCUUGUCAAAGAUGCCAGAAUGGGUUAAAAAUUUUAACAAGGCCAACAGUAAAGAACUCUUAAUGUAUUCUUUUUAAAUGAGAAUGACCACCCCAUUGGGUGGACUAAAAUUGUGCUGUUGCCGAAAGCAGUCUAAAAUUUAUUUUUAAGAGAAAGAAAUCUGCCCCAUUAUUUUUGGUUUGUUUUGUUUUUAUUUUUUUUUUGGCUUUUGGUCAUUGUCAAAUGUGGAAUGCUAUGGGUUUCUAGUAUAUAAUUUAAUUCUAGUUUUUAUAAUCUGUUAGCCCAGUUAAAAUGUAUGCUACAGAUAAAGGAAUGUUAUAGAUAAAUUUGAAAGAGUUAGGUCUGUUUAGCUGUAGAUUUUUUAAAAGAUUGAUGCACUAAAUUGUUUACUGUUGUGAUGUUAAGGGGGGUAGAGUUUGCAAGGGGACUGUUUAAAAAAAAAGUAGCUUAUACAGCAUGUGCUUGCAACUUAAAUAUAAGUUGGGUAUGUGUAGUCUUUGCUAUACCACUGACUGUAUUGAAAACCAAAGUAUUAAAAGGGGAAGCACCCCUGUUUAUAUCUGUAGGGGUAUUUUACAUUCAAAAUGUAUGUUUUUUUUUUUUUUUUUCAAAUUAAAGUAUUUGGGACUGAAUUGCACUAAGAUAUAACCUGCAAGCAUAUAAUACAAAAAAAAUUUGCAAAACUGUUUAGAACGCUAAUAAAAUUUAUGCAGUUAUAAAAAUGGCAUUACUGCACAGUUUUAAGAUGAUGCAGAUUUUUUUACAGUUGUAUUGUGGUGCAGAACUGGAUUUUCUGUAACUUAAAAAAAAUCCACAGUUUUAAAGGCAAUAAUCAGUAAAUGUUAUUUUCAGGGACUGACAUCCUGUCUUUAAAAACAAAUGAAAAGUAAAUCUUACCACAAUAAAUAUAAAAAAAUCUUGUCAGUUACUUUUCUUUUACAUAUUUUGCUGUGCAAAAUUGUUUUAUAUCUUGAGUUACUAACUAACCACGCGUGAUGUUCCUAUGUGCUUUUCUUUCAUUUUCAAUUCUGGUUAUAUCAAGAGAAAGAAUAAUUACAAUAAUAAACUGCAUUUUUUUUUUUUUU